CGGCGAGCAGAAAGGCCCGAGAUGUUGUCCCCAGGAAGGGGUCGAGAUGUUGGAUGCCCGCGCGUAGAACUGAUGAGGACCUCGGUGCCGCGAGGGCCCUCUUCCCCUUCCUUUCGUACGACGCCUGCUCAAGAUAAGCCGGCUCAAGCACACGGCUCUUCUCUCGGGGCUCAGAUGAGCCGCCCUACAUGUCUUCACCUUACCGCGCGGAACACAUGAAGCGGGUGCAUUUCCUCGGGCUUCUAUCGCUACUGCUCCUUCAGAAGGGGAGCCAUGCGCUGCUUCUCAGUCUCGAGGCAGCGCAGGGCAACGUCGCCAGGUCCAAAGCAGCGCAGCCGCCCUCAGCCCAGGUGGCUUUCUACAUGAAAGGGGCCCGCGUGCUGCCGAAGCCCGACGUGGACCAGAGGAGCAAGAACGCCCAGGACGCGAAGCAUGGCGAAGGAGACGCCCAGCCAGAUCCCGGCGACGUGUUUGCGACCCCCGACACGUCCACAACCUCGGUGUUCCCGCCAGAGGACAAGCUGCUGGCCUACGACGCCGAGGGGAAGGCCAAGAAGUUCCCCGUAUGGGCCAGAUGCCUCGUGUCGGGGACAGGGGUGCUCGCCGUGAUGGCGCUGGUGUAUUUUUAUCCCAGGAAGCAGCCUGUGACCCUCUAAGAGGCCGCCGGGGCGCUCGUGUCGAGCGGCCUCUCGGCUUGAGUGCGUCGAGUGCGCGUGUCAGCAGGUUGCAGCAUAAUUACCUGGCGGACCAGGAGCCGCCUGGGUGGUCUCCUGCUCUGGAACAAAAAGAUCCAUAGGAAUUCCUGGGCCUUCUUGGAGUCUCAGCUUCGAGGAGCCUCAGCUUCACGUCCUGAAGCAAGAUGUCCAGCAGAAUCUCCCAACGCCCAUGCCUACCAUAGCGAUCGUUGUUCGAGCUCGGUACGUCCAGUUGGUGCCUGCCGAGCAAGCGCCCACACCUCCGACGUAGCGUUUCGCUGAACAGCACGUCUGGGAGCCUUGAAUCUGAAACGCACUGAUCAAUCUAUAGGCGGUG